GUGUGGAAUUGUACGGAAUUCCCGACCCGACAGGCGGCAGCUACUGCGCAUGCGCGGACGAAAACUCCAUGUUUUUUUUUUUUUGGCACGGGAUCCUAAGGAAAAAUAGGAACUUGGAGACGGAGAUCAACUAAAAGCGUCCUCGCUUUGACUUAAGCAGCCCCUCGCUCGCAUACGCGCUCAGAAAAGACGUUGAAUGAAGCGAUCGCACGCUCCGCGGCCGAGCAGGACUCACGCGAAAUUGGACAACAAUGCACGGGGCGCAAUAAAACCUAGCGUUAUUGCUCUUUGUUUUUAAGCAGGACGGCUCGGAUGAAGUGGCUAAACGCCACACGGCGUUCAUAACAGCUCCAGGAAACUUCGUAAACACAGAGAUUGUCAGCUUCUGGAGAGUUUCGCAGGAGCAUCCCAGUCCGUUUGAGAGGAUUGUGUGUCGAGAUAUAUUUGUUGUGUAUCGUUAAUGCUGCGUAAAUGUCCUCCAAAGAGUGUAUUUCACGAUUGGUGCUGACCAAGGCUGUGUGAAAAUGAAAAGGAGCUGGAUGUGUGCGAGCAGAAAAUGACGGGGGGCAGUGAGAGUGCAGCAGGAGAAAAAGAUGGAGGUACGACGCUCAUCGCUCAGAUCCCGGUCGGCUGGCAGAGGAAGGUGGAAGACAGAGCUGUGUCUUACAUCAGCCCAAGUGGUACAGUCCUUCGAUCUGUGGAUGAGGCGAGGGUGUAUCUGCGGACAGACGGCACAUGUAAAUGUGGUCUCGAGUGCCCGCUAGUCCCAAAUAAGGUCUUUAAUUUUGACCCUGCUGCGAUGGUCCGAACUCCUGGUCAUCAGUCAGGGAAAAUAGAGGAAGACAUGACCAAACUCUGUAACCAUCGCAGGAAAGUUGAUGCCAUGGCGGCAUUAUGCCAAAGCAUGCAGCCGGCUCAACAGGAGCAGCAGUCAAAGGUAUUGAUUAGCACUUUAAACACUAGCGUCCACCCCACUUCCGCCAGAGCACAGUCCCUGACCGCCCUUUUGCUUCCGCACUCCCCUUCCCUUUCCCCGGCUUCCCCUGCUGUCGUGGAGAAAAGCUUGAGGCGCAAACGGCAGAGGCGCUCGCCCACUGUUUUGAGCAUGCGCAAAGACUCGCAGUUAGGUCUGACCGCAGGAGAUCUCUCCUGGCCACCUCUGCUCAUCUCCCCAUGCCUUUCGCCACCUUCUCCUCCUGUACCUCAUUUAGACAACCCCCGGCUGCCCGUCGCUCCUCUGAAUGCCUCUUGGUUGCAGGAUUCGGAGGAAGGCAGGAAGCCAGGACUUGCUAAUUCCCUACCAUCUCCAUCCCAGCCCCUUUCUGCCCUGCUUCAGCUUCUUAGCAUGCAAAGCACAACCCAGCAAUCCGGCGUUGCCACUGCCAUGCCUGGCAACAGGCACACAAACACAUUGCCCUCUUCACCCAGACCCAUAACUCCACAGACGCCCCAAUGCGACAUGCAGUCCACAUUACGUUUACCCAACCACACCCUGCAACCUCAACCCCAAAGCACAGUGCCCAUGCCGGAACCUCCUAUCCAGCGACCCCCAUCCCAACCCUUUCCUUUGAUGGGUGAUGAGACAACCAUGAACCUCAAAACAACCUCCAGCAGCACCAUCCUGAACUUGACCCAGACGACGCCGGACCUCAACAGUUCAAUUCUGAGCAUGAUGAACCAGAUGUCCUCAACAUGCUUGCCCUCAUUCCCGGAGAAAGGUUGUGGACCCAAAACAACAGAGACUUGUCUUGACCACAGUACCUACCAAAUUAACCAGUCAAACCACAACCAAGCUGUGGAAAGCAAAGGUCCUGUAGAGUCGAUGGAUCAGCCGGACUCGGAUGCAAGAUUGCUGGGUGGCUGUGAGCCGGACCACAGCCUCUCUCUUCCCAAUGCCCACUCAUCCGACCAUGCUGUUUCCUUACCGCUUGCAGAGGCUUUUCCCUUCAUGUCUCAAGAACAGCUCCUCCAGCUUCUCUCCUCCAAUGCCGGUCUGCCUUCCCUGUUACCGCCCUUUCUCGGCUCCCUGCCUUUAGGGGUCUGGACGAGCACCCAACCUUCGGUGCCCGGCGGUGCCCAAGCCCAGCCAACCAGUGCCAUCCUAAACCAGGGCUCUCCUCUCAACAUCCUAAACCAAGGCGAGCUUCCUCUCAACCUCGUGAGCCUGUUAAAUCCGCCAGGUUCUGCUGCAGCUGAAGCAGGGGAGGAAGGUGGUGAAAAACCCCCUGGGCUUCAAGCCCUCCUCAUGGCUUCGUUGCUGCUCGGCCAGAAUCCGGCUGCCAUGUUGCCACUACCAGCGCUCAACCUGGAGCUUCCUACACUGCAGCAGCUCUUCGCAGACGGAGUGUUCCUGGAGAAGACCCCCGCUCUGCUAGAUUCGGUCCUGAUGGGGCCGGGGCUCCUGGAAGCUCUACAAACUCUAGCACCCAGCGCAGACGGCCAGUCGCUGCUUCUUUCCGCCCCUCUCACUCCACCCCUUCAUGCCUUUCUGUCGCUCAACCCCGCUCUGCUGACCGCAGCUCUCGCCCAGACCGAACCCUUACCCAACCACACUCCAUCCCCCCCGCCUCAUUCUCAGGGGACUCUGUCCAGCCCAGCUCUAGCUUCUACCUCGGUGUCCUGCGGCCCUCUGGUGUCCAGCUCGGGGCCCGAAGUGUGUGACCCUCUGGCCGAGCAGGACAAGAACAACACCCAGACCCCUCAAUUCCUGCCGCCUCUGCUCGCCCACGGGGUUCUUGGUGACCUCGCAGCUCUGGGUAACAUCAGCAGUCUUCACAGUUUAUUAGGAGCCGGACCCCUUCUGCUGCCGCAGGGCCCGUCUCUGAGCGUCCCGCUGACACAGAACCAGACAGCGCUCAACCCGCUCACCUGCCUGCAGCUGACGAUGGCGCCGGCGCUCAUGGGAGAGAAGCCCGUGGCUCUACACGAGACGCGUCCGUCACAAGAUCAGCUUCCCUCGGCUUCGAUAUCCCAGAAUUCCCUGCUCAACCCGGUCCAGACGCCGCUGCAGCAGAGAGAGACGUUUGACCCGUACGCCUCCUUCAUGGACACCAUCUACACCUCCUUCCUGCAGGUGAACGAGCAUGAUUCGUACUCGGAGCUGCCUCCGCCCCUCAGCCCACGCCGCGCCUGCUCCGUCCACAAUCCGGACCUGACCCGCCUCGGCUUGGACACGGCCCAGUCCCAGUCUCCGGCCCGAGGGACGCCCAAACCCAACGGGGACCCGUUGACGCCGCCGCCCUGCGACGCCCCGCUGGAGGAGGCCAAGACCGACGGCUCGGCCACAGUGUGCGUCUACAGCAACGGGAUCGGCUCCGGAGCGGAGGGGCGAGGAGGCGAGGAGGAGGAGGAUGGACGAAGGCUGCAGGGAUAUUUGAGUCCGGGUGAGCGGCUCCGUGAGGCAGCCGAGGACAUCAGAGACGCAGAGCAAGUCCGGGCUGAAGACGUGCACACAGGAGCCAGAAGGGGGCGCAAGAGGAAGCAGUCGCUGCAGAGAGGAGCGGACCUGCUGGGUGGCAUCGACAGCAUCAUUGAGGAGCCGACGAUAGCGUUGUCCAGACCUGCACGGCCCGCCAGAGGGAAGAGACGCCGCGUCGUCCGGUAGAUCCGACUGUACUCUCCCGCCAACACCAGCACUGUUGCCACGGCAAGACCGUCUGCGCCGCACUGUGAAGAAUCUCCGGGAUUCGCUCCUCCUCCAUCUGUUUGUGUUCGUUCACCGUCUGUUACCACGAAUGCGACUUAUGUUACAUUGUUACAUUUUCAAACAGUUACCAGGCAACCAAUGAUGACUAUUGUUAAAUUGUUGCAGCAGUUUAGGAUUAGUUAUUGUUUGUUAACUCUUGUUUAUUGUUUCAUGACUGAGGUCCAGUGUGAUUGACAGCUCUGAUUAAAAGGAAUAAUUCAGGCAAAAAUGAAAAUGUGCUCAUCCUCAGGUCAUUCAAGACUAGGAUGUUUGUUUCUUCAU